AUGGCACAAUAUUGGACGCAUCUCGUUCGUUUCAUCGCUGAGGAAGAUGGUCAAGUGCAUCUGGGACAGGUAGACUCUACACAAUUUCCCGAUGUCGGUCUCGCCAUGUUGAACGGCGAAAAGGUGACGGUGAAGGAGAUCAAGGGGUCUGUAUUCGACGGUGUAGUUCAGAAUAGAGUUCAGAAUGUCUCUCAGCCUAUCAGUAUGGAAGAUUUCCCUCUCAUUCGCUGCAUGGGGCUCAACUACCGCGAUCACGCAUUAGAAGCCAAUAUGCCGAUUCCCGACGUGCCUGUACUUUUCAUUAAGCCCCGUACAGCUCUGAAUGGGCCACAGCCAGCGAGAAUCAAUGUACCGAAGAUCGCGCAGGAUGGCACGAGCGACUAUGUAGCGGACUUGUCAAUCAUUAUGUCGAAGACAGAGAAAGACAUCCCCGAAAAAGAUGCUAUGGAUUAUGUGCUUGGAUAUACCUCCAGCAACGACGUAAGCGCGAGAACACAGCAGUGGAAAAAUAGCCAGUGGUCAAUCGCUAAAGGAUUUGAUUUCUCCUGUCCGAUCGGCCCCAUUCUUCUCGCUCCAUCUGCCAUCAAGGACCCGCAUCAACUUGCAAUUAAAGCAAUCCAUAAUGGUAACAUAGUCCAAGGUUCAAAUACCCAGGAAAUGAUAUUUACUAUACCUCAAAUAAUUUCGUUCCUCUCUCAGGGAACAACUCUUGAAAAGGGUACGAUCAUCAUGACGGGAACUGGACCUGGUAUUGGGGCUAUGCGGGACCCCAGAGUUGUUCUGAACCACGGUGAUGAGAUUCGGGUGGAGAUUGAAAGAUUGGUACUUUGGUUAACACAGUCUACUAUGAAUAAAGAACCCAUUUGUCGUGUCUUAUCAUUAUCAUCUAUAUUAUAA